UGUACAUCAAGUUUUAUAAUUAAAGUACACGGUGCAACCCUUCAACAAGGUGGAUUUCAGAAUAUUUACUGGUAUUUUGGAAACAACUCAACUCAAAUGAUGAAUGGAACAAUCUUGGUACUAGCGCUGGCUAUGUUUGGGUGUUGCAACGGGUAUGCAUCAGGCCCGCCUCUAUCAGUCUGUAGAAAUAUGACACCUAAACACCCGUUUGAACCACAGACCAUUCCCUCUCCCUUUACAUUCACAUUGAAUGUCACAACUUACCGGCCGGGUGACGUCAUCGAAGUAUUUCUUAACUCUUCUGGUGACUGGUUUAUGGAGGGAACAUUGAUACAGAUGCGUGUGAAUAGUUCAGGUUGUAGGCAAGAUGUUCCUGCAGUCGGAACAUUUUCUACUGUUGACAACGACGUAUUUCUGGAAGAGUUUAGUUGCUUCAACAUGACUGCGAGCGCCCUACGCCACUAUUCUCAUUUGCAUAUCUACAACAGAACAUUUUACUGGACAGCACCUAAAAGAUCAGUUGGUAAUGUGUAUAUAAGUGCGACAAUUGUAAGAAAUCUGAAAACGUUUUGGUUAAACGUGACGUCACAUAUUAUAGAGGCCGAAGAAGCGUGUGGGGCGAAACAAGUUGUUUUUACCUCUGCUGUACUUUUUGUAUCAUACUUUGCUACAAGAAUUCUAACUUAAAUAUAACAGUCUGAUAAUGAAAAAGUUGAUGAAGUUGAUGAAAUUAUAUAAAUAGUUGACACUUGGUUAGACAAAAGAGGGAAAAAAGAGUUAUAUUUACCGUAUAUAGAAUACUCGUAAAAUGUUAAAGGGACUCCACUGAGGUUUAAAAGCCUAAAAACAUAACAUUUGAAUUUCUUACAUAAAUGAGCUGGGGCACUUUAAACAGAAAUGUAUGCAAAAGUAGUAAUGAAAUAUACUUUGAAAUAAAUCGAAAAUCGUAUUUUCAUGUUUUUCGUAGCCCGAUUUGAGUGAAAAGUGUUUAAACGCUUUUUUAUUUUGGGUCUUUUUAUUACAAUUUGAAUAAUUAUUCUGGAAAAACGAAGUGCUCGAAAGAUCUUAAAUUUUGCACAAAUAUUAGUGGUCUAAACCUACAUCAAAUGGUACAUUUAUCUGGAAAAAAUAUUUUAAGCCCCAUUAUGCCAAAAAACCUCAGUAGAGUCCCUUUAUAGUUGUAAUGUCUGAAAAACUUCACCAUGUAUCUAAAGCUGACUGUCACCAUACCAUCACAAUGAGGUGCACAUUUGAGCCGCGUCACGACAAAACCAACAUAGUGGGUUUGCGACCAGCAUGGAUCCAGACCAGCCUGCGCAUCCGCGCAGUCUGAUCAGGAUCCAUGCUGUUCGCUUACAAACCCUAUAACAAGUAGAGAAACCGAUAGCGAACAGCAUGGAUCCUGAUCAGACUGCGCGGAUGCGCAGGCUGGUCCGGAUCCAUGCUGGUCGCAAACCCAUUAUGUUGGUUUUGUCGUGACGAGGCUCAUUUGUAUAUAAUUGUACACAUUCACGUAAUUGUAGGGAACGCUGGAAUUAUCCUUCAAUUAAGAUUACUCAAGCUAUGCUUAACAAUAUUAAUAUGCUUAUACCUAAAGUUCAUGUACACAAAUAUUGUAAUAUUAUUGUUUGGGGGAAUAAAAAAUCAUUUU